GAUAUCUACUUAGCUGGUGUUUGUUAUCUGUCUGUCUUUCCUUGCCUAAGCCUCUCCUCCUUUCAUCGACAUAACAUAACCACUUCUUUUGAAUCACAUCAUCUCCCUAAUUCUGAUUCACUUCUCUUUCCUUUUCUUCCAUAAUUCAAUGACCCUAUCAUUCGGUUGCUUCCAAUUCCACACGCUCUUGGGAUUCAAGAUUCAAUGAGAUUACUCUGUUUCAAUGGCAUCUGCACCUUCCAUGUCAGUUUCUUUAGAAUGCGUGAACGUAUGCAAGCUAUGGAGAGGGGAUGGAAGUGGAAGAUACGACUGUAGUCUUCUAUCGUGCGCGUGGAAAGCUCCUAGGGUCCUUACUGGGUUUCUUGCGAGCACGGCUCAUCCUCAUCAGUGUUCAUCCUUGUCGAAUUGGCGAAAUGGAAGAAGGAACCGGUAUAAUUUUGGAUGCGAAGCCUUUAGUAUAGUAGGUUCGUAUCCCGAUGAAGCACUUGAUAUCGUACUUCUUGAAGGAUUCUCUAGAUCUAUCUUGUCUCAAGUUGCUCCUAGAAGGUGGCAAUUAUGUUGUUCUUCAGCCUUCUCCUUGGAUACUGCCAGUGAGUUUUCCCCUGAAAAUUUGUGGGAGGAUCUUAAACCUGUGAUCUCAUACCUGUCCUCUAAAGAACUGGAGUUAGUCCAUAAUGCUUUUAUGUUAGCAUUUGAAGCUCAUGAUGGUCAGAAAAGACGCAGUGGUGAGCCCUUCAUCAUUCAUCCAGUUGAGGUGGCACGUAUUCUUGGAGAACUUGAACUUGAUUGGGAGUCGAUUGCUGCUGGAUUACUACAUGAUACAGUUGAGGAUACAAAUGUUGUUACUUUUGAGAGAAUAGAGGAGGAAUUUGGUUCUACUGUGCGCCACAUUGUUGAAGGAGAGACUAAGGUGUCAAAGCUAGGAAAGUUGAAGUAUAAGAAUGAAAAUGAUUCCGUUAUAGAUGUGAAGGCAGAGGAUCUUCGGCAAAUGUUUCUGGCUAUGACAGAGGAGGUUCGUGUUAUUAUUGUCAAAUUGGCAGACAGGUUACAUAACAUGCGCACCCUAUCACAUAUGCCCCCACAUAAACAGACUAGCAUUGCAAUGGAGACAUUACAAGUAUUUGCUCCUUUGGCAAAGUUACUUGGGAUGUAUCAAAUUAAGUCAGAACUAGAAAAUCUAUCAUUUAUGUACACAAAUGCUGAAGAUUAUGCUAAGGUGAAGAGAAGAGUUGCAGACCUAUACAAAGAACACGAGAAAGAACUGCUGGAGGCAAACAAAAUUUUGGUGAAGAAAAUUCAAGAUGAUCAAUUCUUAGACCUUCUGACAGUUAAAACGGAAGUCCGUUCUGUGUGUAAAGAGCCUUACGGUAUCUAUAAAGCUGUUCUCAAAUCAAAAAGCCUGAUCAAUGAGAUUAAUCAAAUUGCACAGCUUCGUAUUAUUAUUAAACCAAAGCCGUGCAUUGGGGUUGGGCCUUUAUGCAGUCCACAGCUGGUAUGCUAUCAUGUUCUAGGGUUGAUCCAUGGAAUCUGGACACCUAUUCCUAGAUCUGUGAAGGAUUAUAUUGCAACCCCUAAACCUAAUGGCUAUCAGAGUCUUCAUACCACUGUGAUUCCAUUUUUGUAUGAGAGCAUGUUUAGGCUAGAAGUCCAGAUUAGAACAGAAGAAAUGGAUUUGAUAGCUGAGAGGGGCAUUGCUGCUCAUUAUAGUGGGAGAGAAUUUGUCACUGGCUUGGUUGGAAGUGUGAUGCCCAGUAAUAAAAGCUCAAGAGGGAAGACAGUGUGUCUUAACAAUGCCAACAUUGCACUCAGAAUUGGCUGGCUCAAUGCAAUUAGAGAGUGGCAAGAAGAGUUUGUUGGCAACAUGAGUUCUAGGGAAUUUGUAGACACUAUUACAAGAGAUCUGUUGGGCAGCCGUGUCUUUGUGUUUACACCGAGGGGAGAGAUUAAGAAUCUUCCUCAGGGUGCUACAGUCAUUGACUAUGCUUAUAUGAUACAUACUGAAAUUGGCAACAAGAUGGUAGCUGCAAAGGUCAACGGUAAUCUUGUUUCCCCUGCACGUGUACUUGCCAAUGCAGAAGUAGUGGAGAUAAUCACAUAUAAUGCGCUUUCCAGCAAAUCAGCUUUUCAGAGGCAUAAGCAGUGGUUGCAACAUGCUAAAACACGUAGUGCAAGACACAAAAUAAUGAAGUUUCUGAGGGAACAAGCUGCACGUUCUGCUGCUGAUAUCACUACAGAGGCAGUGAAUGACUUUGUCACUGAUUCUGAAGGGGAUAGUGAAUCUGAAGAACUGUCAAAUGGUUCCGGUGGUUCAAAACAUAUGUUGGGGAAAAUGUUCGUGAAUGGAGUGGAAAUAUCAACUCCUGAAAGAAGUGAUACUGUCCACCAAAGUAAGAAUGGAAGUGUUUGGACCCCCAAGGUCAAUGGAAAACAUAAUAAGCAUGUGCAGCAUGUAAGUUUGAAGAGCAAAGGGGAGAUGUUGCUGCAGGGAAACCAUGUCGCCAAGAUGAUUCAAGUUAACACUCCAAGAUAUAAGGAAGUCCUGCCAGGUUUAGAAAGUUGGCAAGCCCAGAAAAUUGCCUCUUGGCACAACAUAGAAGGGCACUCCAUCCAAUGGUUGUGUGUUGUAUGCAUAGAUCGAAGAGGCAUGAUGGCUGAGGUAACUACAGCAUUGGCCGCUGCAGGCAUAACCAUAUGUUCUUGUGUGGCUGAGAUUGAUGGAGGAAGGGGAAUGGGUGUCUUGUUAUUUCACAUAGAAGGAAAUUUAGAAAAUUUGGUCAGUGCUUGCUCUAGAGUAGAUCUAAUAUUGGGCGUUUUGGGAUGGUCUACUGGUUGCAGCUGGCCAAGCAUGAUGGAAGACCGUGGUGUCCUUGAAGUGUAGUUGAUUCGAUUGCAGCUGCACUUGGCCGAGGCGCCAACUGCAGUUUGCCCAACGAUUGAGACCGGACCAGGGAACUAAGUUUUGUCCGCAGCGGCGCAGGCAUUUAUGUGUCUAAAUUUUGGUUUAGUUUUCAUACAUUUGUUCCAACUCAUUAACCCAAUAAACCGGCAGCAGCCAAUUGAGCCAUUGUAUCAAGGCAUUGUAUAUAGAAUAGAGUGAUAGGGUAAAGGAGUAUACAAUGUAAAGUACUUGUGCAGAAACAUAGCAUUUACAUAAGGAGAUUGCCAGGAUCUCUUGCUACAAAGUGUCACUUUUCUU